AAGGAAAUAUUGUGUGUCGCCAAUGUUCAACAUGACUGCACAUCUGGAUCAAACUGUGGCAUCCGGAAUGUGCGAGAGCGGCAGGAGCGCAUCAUCACGAUGAGACUCCUGCAGCUCGUUGAUCAUGCACCCAACAACACCUACUUUCUCAAUAUCCAUGCGCUUCACAACUACCGAUACAUCUCAGCGCUACUUCCGCCGAAUAUA